AUGGAUGGUAUUAGAGUGCUGCAGAGCUGGUAACUGCCCUGGAGAGACAGAAAUAGAAUAAGCCUAAGCAAACAGGUCGGGCUGCUGCCGCUGCAGCCAGGCAAGAGGGAGCCAUGCCUUCUCCAUCCUUCUCCCUGGACGCCCAGCUGAGGUUUCACAACAAAUGGCUGAAGAUAGACCUGCAGCGUGCAUUCUCCCCAGAGGGCCUAAGUGAGAUGUGGAACGAGAUGGUAAAAGAUGAGGAGAUCACGUGUAAUGGGGAAGAAUCAGUACAUCCAGAAGACUGUGCAGAUUGCUUUGGUGGUCAGAAGAAGGAUGACUCUAAUGACAAGGAGGAAGAGGAGGUGUCAAAGUCAGUUCAUCACUCUAUCAUCGAGACGUGGGAUUGGGGGAGACAACCAGAUGAGUGUGAGCUGCGGGACUGCCUGCGGGUGCUAGUGGAGGACCAGCAGAAACUGGCUGCACACAUGGCCAAGAGUGCACUUUCAGCCCAGCGCCUACGUCAACGGCUCGUCAUCCUGGAGCGCUACCUCAUAUCCCUGAGCCACAGCAUGAUGGAAGAGAGGUAUAAGGUCCGCUGGAAGAGCCCUCCUAGCCCCCCGCAACCUGCUACUGAUAACAAGAGCCCUCGUCCAGCUGGAAAGGGUGUGGAGGGCCUUGCAAGGGUGGGCUCUAGGGCCGCACUUUCCUUUGCCUUUGCCUUUCUGCGCAGAGCCUGGCGAUCAGGCGAAGAUGCAGACCUGUGCAGCGAGCUUCUUCAGGAGUCCCUGGAUGCCUUGCGAGCUCUCCCAGAAGCCUCUUUGUUUGAUGAGGGCACUGUGUCACCUGUGUGGCUGGAGGUGGUUGAGCGGGCAACAAAGUUUCUCAGUGAUGUCCAUGGGAGCACCAGUGCUAAAGGCCCAGGCACCAUCCCGUUGCAGGACCAGCAUCUGGCCCUGGCCAUCCUCCUGGAGCUGGCUGUACAGCGGGGGACCCUCAGCCAGCUUCUGUCUGCUGUCCUGCUGCUCCUCCGUCUGUGGGACAGCGGCACGCAGGAGACUGACAACGAACGCUCCGCCCAGGGCACCUGUGCCCCACUGCUUCCCCUGCUGCACCGCUUCCAGAACAUUCACUGCAGUAAAGACCUGCCAGGUGCAGAGGAAGAGGAGAUGGAGAUCCUAGCAGCCCCACUGAGCCCAAAUGAAAGCUUUCUGCGCUACCUGACAUUGCCCCAGGACAACAAUCUGGCCAUCGACCUGCGGCAAACUGCAGUGGUCAUUAUGGCACACCUGGAUCGGCUGGCGGCUCCCUUCAGCCCCCCACAGUGCAGCUCUCCCACCUCACACAAGGAGGAGCAUGGCAACCUGCAGGGCACCCUUCAAGAGGUGAUUGGGUGGGGACUUUUGGGUUGGAAGCCCCACGCCAAUGUGAAUGGGCCUGUCCAGUGCAAGGCGCUUGCCAACCUGGGGGUCAUGCAGAUCGUGUGCUCUGAGAAGGGCUUCCUCAUUCUGUCUCGCAGUGGAGCUGUCUACACUCAGAGCUAUAAGAGUACCGCAUUGGCUCCGGCACUAGUUCAGGCCCUGAGCUCCAGGAAGAUUGUGAAGGUUGCAGCCCAUCCAGACGGGCAGCACUAUCUGGCUCUGUCAGCCAACGGGGAGGUCUUCUCCUGGGGCUGCGGGGAUGGUGGGCGGCUUGGCCACGGAGACACCACGUACCUGGAAGAGCCAGCUUUGAUUACAGCGUUCACUGGAAAACAAACAGGAAAGCAUGUGGUACACAUCGCCUGUGGGAGCACCUACAGUGCAGCCAUCACUGCCGAUGGGGAGCUCUACACCUGGGGCAGGGGCAAUUAUGGCAGACUGGGGCAUGGCUCUAGCGAAGAUCAGACAACACCAAUGCUGGUGACGGGACUGAAAGGACUGAAGGUCAUUGACGUGGCUUGUGGCAGUGGUGAUGCACAGACCCUGGCUGUCACAGAGAAUGGUCAAGUGUGGUCCUGGGGAGAUGGUGACUAUGGAAAGCUGGGCCGUGGGGGCAGCGAUGGCUGCAAGACACCAAAGCUAGUGGAGAAGCUACAGGACCUGGACAUCAUGAAGGUGUGCUGUGGAAGCCAAUUCUCAGUGGCCUUGACCAAAGAGGGCCAGGUGUACACCUGGGGCAAGGGUGACAACCAGCGGCUGGGACAUGGCACAGAUGAACACGUUCGCUACCCCAAGCUGCUGGACAGUUUGCAGGGAAAGAAGGUGGUUGACAUUGCAGUAGGCUCUACACACUGCCUGGCUCUCACAGAUGAGGGAGAGGUGCACAGCUGGGGCAGCAAUGACAAGCUCCAACACUUUGACACUCUCUUCUCCAAUAAGAAGCAGCCCAAGGCACUGCCAGGCCUCAACUCCAAGCACAUUGUGGGCAUUGCCUGUGGUCCUGGUCAGAACUUUGCCUGGUCCUCCUGCUCAGAGUGGUCAGUGGGACUGCGCGUACCCUUUGUGGUCGACGUCUGCCCUAUGACCUUCGAGCAACUCGACUUGCUGCUGCGACAGGUCAGCGAGGGCAUGGACGGCAGCUCAGAUUGGCCACCCCCACAGGAGAAGGAGUGCAUGGUUGUGGCCACACUAAGCCUACUGCGGCUUCAGCUGCACUCUGCCAUCAGCAACCAAGUAGACCCGGAGGAGCUGGGGCUGGGCCCGGGCAGUAUGCUGCUGGGCAGCCUGAAGCAGGCUGUGGUGACGCUGGCCAGCAACGCAGGUGUGCUGGGCACCGUGCAGGCCGCUGCUCAGGCUGUCUUGCAGAGCGGCUGGUCCGUGCUGCUGCCCACCGCUGAAGAGAGGGCCCGUGCACUAUCCUCGCUGCUUCCCAGUGCAGUGUCUGGCAAUGAGAUGGGUGUUGGUCCUGGCCGGCGCUUCAUGAUCGAUCUCCUGGUGAGCAGCCUGAUGGCUGAUGGGGGUUUGGAGUCUGCGCUCAAUGCUGCCAUCACUGCGGAGAUACAGGACAUUGAGGCCAAAAAAGAGGCUCAGAAGGAGAAGGAGAUUGACGAACAGGAGGCAAAUGCAUCCACGCUGAAUCGGAGCAGGACACCCCUGGACAAAGACCUCAUUAACACUGGGAUCUACGAGUCCACAGGGAAACAGAUCCUGCCUCUCGUACAGCUGGUCCAACAACUACUAAGGAACAUUGCUUCUCAGACCAUUGCACGGCUAAAGGAUGUAGCCCGUCGCAUCUCCAGCUGCUUGGACUCGGAGCACGUUACCAGAGAGCGUUCGGCUUCGCUUGAUCUGCUGCUCCGCUUCCAGAGGCUGCUGGUCAGCAAACUCUACAUGGGUGUCAACAGGACUGAGGUUGUCAGCAGCUACAACCCAGAGCUGCUAGGUGUGGGGUCCCUGUUGAAGAAAUAUAUUGCAUUGCUCUGCACUCACAUUGGGGAUAUCCUCCCUGUGGCCACCAGCAUUGCUUGCACUGGCCACCGCCAUUUUGCUGAGGUGUCCCGUGUCAUUGAAGGCGAUCUCACAGGCAUCCUCCUUCCCGAACUGGUUGUCUCCAUCGUGUUGCUGCUCACCAUUGAUGCCGGCCUCAUGCAGGAGACGGGCUCCAUCCCCCUCCUAGCUAGCCUACUUGAGCACCUAGACCGCUUCAAUCAUCUGGCACCUGGCCACGAAAGGGACGACAACGAGGAUAUGGCUUGGCCUGGCAUCAUGGGAUCAUUUUUCACAAUUCAGAGCUCCAGGAGCAAUGAAGAGGUUUCCCUCAUCCGCAAGGCUGACCUGGAGAAUCACAACAAGGAUGGUGGAUUCUGGACAGUUAUCGAUGGGAAGGUCUAUGACAUCAAGGACUUCCAGGCGCAAUCCCUUACUGGAAACAGCAUCCUUGCCCAGUUUGCUGGAGAAGAUCCAGUCAUUGCACUAGAAGCUGCACUGCAGUUUGAGGACACCAGGGAGUCCAUGCAGGCCUUUUGUGUUGGCCAGUACAUGGAGCCGAACCAGGAGACUGUGACCACACCAGACCUGAGCAGUCUGUCUUCACCCCUUAUUGACACAGAGAGAAAUCUGGGCCUCCUUCUGGGCCUCCAUGCUUCCUACCUGGCCAUGAGCACACCACUGUCACCCAUGGAGAUAGAGUGUGGCAAGUGGCUCCAGUCGUCUAUUUUUUCUGGGGGCCUGCAGACCAGCCAAAUUCAUUACAACUACAAUGAGGAGAAGGAUGAGGACCACUGCAGCUCUCCAGGGACCACAGCACCUGACAAGUCCCGCCUUUAUUCCCGCCGGAUGACACUUAGUGACCACUCUCAGCCCUUCCUGCAGGCAAUUGCUGACAACAACAUCCAAGAUCACACUGUGAAGGACUUCCUGUGCCAAAUUGAGCGCUGCUGCAAGCAGUACCAUCUCAUCACACCCAUCAUUUUCCCUCCAGAGCACCCAGUGGAAGAAGUGGGGCGGCUGUUGCUCUGUUGCCUGCUCAAACACCAGGAUCUGGGUCACGUGGCCCUGUCACUCGUCAAUCAGUGUGCCUUGGGUGUGGACCAGGGCAAGCAGAGGUCCCUCCCAAAAUCUGUGAUUGAUGUGUGUCGCAUGGUGUACCAGGCAAAGUGCUCUUUAAUUAAGACACACCAAGAACAGGGCCGCUCCUACAAAGAGGUUUGUGCGCCAGUGGUGGAGCGCUUGCGCUUCCUGUUUAAUGAGUUGCGGCCAGCGGCUAGCAGUGAUCUGUCCACCGUGUCCAAACUGAAGCUGCUGAGCUCACAGCCCCGCUGGAAGAUGAUCACGCAGAAGCUGAUUCGUGACCGCCGGAGAAAGAGAGUUCCCAAGAAGUCUGACUCAGCUGAUGUGGAGGAGGUCAAGCUCGAGAACGAUGAGGCAGGUGCAGAGGAACCCUCAGGAAUCCCCAGCAGCCCCUCGCUUUCAGACAAAAAGCCACUGCCUAUGAAACCCCCUAAGCAGGACAAGUGGCAGCCUCUGCUGAGCACAGUGACCAAUGUGCACAAGUACAGGUGGCUGAAACACAGUGUACAAGGCCCUUCCCCACAGCCCAGCCUCAUGGCCACCAUCGUGGAGUUUGCGCUCAAGGAGGAGCCGCUGGACGUGGAGAAGAUGAGGAAGUGCCUCCUGAAGCAGCUGGAGCGAGCAGAGGUGAGACUCGAAGGCAUCGAUACCAUGCUGAAACUGGCAUCUAAGAGCUUUCUGCUGCCAUCAGUGCAGUAUGCCAUGCUGUGUGGUUGGCAGAGACUCAUUCCAGAAGGGACCAAUAUUGGGGAACCACUGACUGACUGCCUUAAGUAUGUGGAUCUCAUUCCUCCCUUCAACCGCAUGCUGCUGGAGGUUACCUUCGGCAAGCUGUACGCCUGGGCCAUUCAGAAUGUGCGCAGUAUCCUGCUGGAUGCCACUGUCAGGUUUAAAGAGCUUGGUGUACAGCCGGUGCCUCUGCAGACCAUUACAAAUGAGAAUCCAGCAGGACCAAGUCUCGGAACCAUUCCACAAGCGCGCUUCUUGCUGGUCAUGCUUAACAUGCUGUCCCUCAAGCAUAGUGCCAACAGCCUCAGCCUGCUGCUUAACUCGGGGAUGCUGGCGCUCACUCAGAGCAUCCUCAGACUCAUUGGUCCAAGCACAGACAGCACUGAAGAGGACCCUGGUUUGGCUUCUCAUGGGGGCUCAGCCACUGUGCUGGAGGAGUCGCGGAAGGAGGCAGCACCCACCCCUCUUCCAGCCACAGGUCCAGAACUAGCGGCCAUGAUGAAGAUUGGUACCCGGGUGAUGAGGGGCCCGGACUGGAAGUGGGGCGAUCAGGAUGGCCCACCACCAGGCCUGGGGCGUGUGAUUGGAGAGCUGGGUGAGGAUGGCUGGAUCCGGGUGCAGUGGGACACUAGCAGUACCAACUCGUAUAGAAUGGGCAAGGAGGGGAAGUAUGACCUCAAACUAGCAGAACCUCCACCAGCCAUCCAGACGGCCACAGAGGACUCUGACACAGAAGAUGAUGCUGAAGGAGAGCCAGUGGAAAAGAGCUCACACCCCACUGCCCUAAUGCUGACCUCUACGGUAAACUUGCUAAAAACAUUGGCAUUGUCUGCUGGAAUCCAUGCGGAGGUGAUGCAGAUGGAGGCAAUGCGCACACUCUGUGGCUUGCUCAGAAUGGUGGUAGACAGUGGGACCAGUGACAAGACAGGCUGUUCUGCCCAUCGUCAGGUGUUGCUGGAACAGCAUCGCAGCUGGUGUACACUGGGCUUCAUACGCAGUAUUGCCCUCAUGCCCCAGAUGUGCAGCACAUUGAGCACCUCACCCUGGAUUGCCCUCCUCAUCCGUAUCGUGGAGGGCCAUCAGUCCUUCACUGCCAUCACUCUGCAGAGGCAGAUCCUGGCACUGCGCCUGCUGCAGGCGGUACUCCCAUCCUGGGACAGGACAGAGCGCUCUCAGGACAUGAAGUUCUUGGUUGAGAAGCUGUUUGGGUUCCUGGGUAGCCUACUGAGCACCUGCUCCUCUGACCUGCCUCUUCUGAGAGAAGGCUCCCUGCGACGCAGGAAGUCUCGACCCCAGGCCUCCCUGACGGCCACUCACAGCAGCACGCUGGCGGAGGAGAUAGUUGCUGUGCUGCGUACCCUGCACUCUCUGAGCCAGUGGAACGGCCUCAUCAACGAGUACAUCAACUCGCAGCUAGGCUGCAUCGGCAACAUCAUGGCAGGCCGACACUCCGAGGCGACCCUGCUGGAGGAAUACUUCCCUGACACCGAUGGACCAAUGGCCGGGAGCUUGAUGGCAGUGCUCGCCGUGAUUGGGGGCAUCGAUGGGCGCCUGCGGCUAGGCGGCCAGGUUGUGCACGAGGAAUAUGGCGAAGGCACAGUGACACGGAUCACGCCAAAGGGUCGCAUCACUGUGCAGUUCCACGAGAUGAGGACCUCCCGGGUGUGCCUUCUCAGCCAGCUUAAGCCGUUACCAGUGGUGUCCUUCAGUGUGAAUAACCUCCCCUUCACAGAGCCCAUGCUGGGUGUGUGGGCUCAGCUGGUCCACCUGGCAGGCAGUAAACAGGAGAAGCAGCGUCUGAAAAAGCCACUGAACCACGGACUCGCUGACCAGGUUGACCUGCACUUGCUGCGCUGCCAGCAGCUACGGCUCUACAUCCUGAAGGCAGCACGAGCCCUGCUUUCACACCAGGACAAGUUGCGACAGAUUCUUUCCCAGCCUGCAAUCCUGGAAGCUGGACCCAGCCCAGGGGAUGAUAGUGUCAUAUCAUCGCUGGAUGUGGGGGAUCUGUCCCCAGAAGGUCCCCUGCCUCCCCUCAUCCUGCUGCAGCAGCUGCUCUCAGCUGCCACACAGCCCUCCCCAAUCAAGGCCAUCUUUGACAAGCAGGAACUGGAGGCUGCUGCCUUGGCGGUGUGCCAGUACCUGGCGGUGGAGUCCACCCACCCUUCGUCCCCUUUGUUUGAGGACAGCAGCUCCAGUGAGGCGACCACCCCCAUUGCUGUGCAGCACAUGCGGCCUCCAAGGCAGAAGAAGCGCAAGGCCUCGCCCAUUCCACCACUGCCCAUUGUGGUGCAGCUGAUGGAGAUGGGUUUUCAGAGGAAGAACAUUGAGUUUGCACUCAAAUCACUGUCAGGGACCACCGGUAGUGCCUCUGGGGUACCAGGAGUGGAGGCGCUGGUGGGCUGGCUCCUGGACCACCCUGAUGUUCAUAUCACGGAGCUCUCCGAUGCUGACACUGUGUCUGAUGAAUAUUCUGAUGAAGAUGUGGUGGAGGAGCUGGAGGAGCCUGAGGCAGCCUUCCCUGUGCCUCCUGGUGCAGUGGUUACAGAAAGUCAGACAUUCAAGAAGAGAUCUGAUUUCCAGAGCAAUGAUGAUUAUGCUGUUUAUGUUCGGGAAAACAUUCAGGUGGGAAUGAUGGUAAGGUGCUGUAGAACGUAUGAGGAAGUGUACGAGGGUGAUGUUGGCAAAGUGAUUAAGCUGGACCGGGAUGGACUCCACGAUCUGAACGUGCAGUGUGAUUGGCAGCAGAAAGGCGGGACGUACUGGGUGCGCUACAUCCACACAGAGCUCCUUGGAUUCCCACCGCAAAGCUCUCCUUCGCACAUCAAGAUUGGAGACAAGGUUCGAGUGAAACUUUCUGUAACGACGCCAAAGUACAAGUGGGGCUCGGUCACGCACAGGAGUGUCGGUGUUGUAAAAGCUUUCAGUGCCAAUGGAAAGGAUGUGAUCGUUGACUUCCCUCAGCAGUCCCACUGGACGGGCCUGCUGUCUGAGAUGGAGCUUGUGCCCAGUAUCCAUCCUGGAGUCAGAUGCGAUGGCUGCCAGAUGUUUCCAAUCAAUGGCCCCAGAUUCAAGUGCAGGAACUGUGAUGACUUUGACUUCUGUGAGAGCUGCUUCAAAACUCGCAAGCACAGUGCUAGGCACUCCUUCGGCAGGAUCAACGAGCCAGGCCAACCCCCAACGUUCUGCGGACGUUCCGGGAAACAGUUGAAGAGACGCCACAGCAGCCAGCGCGGUGUGCUCAUUGACGAGUGGUCACGUGUCAUUAAGAGCCUCAAUGUGUCGUCAUCCGUCAACCAGGCAUCACGACUUAUUGACUGCAGUGAGCAGUGCUGGCAGUCCUCAGGGUCGCAGGGCAAGCACUGGAUACGAUUGGAACUUUUUCCAGACGUUCUGGUCCACAGAUUGAAGAUGAUUGUGGAUCCUGCAGACAGCAGCUACAUGCCUUCCCUUGUAGUGGUGUCAGGCGGCAAUUCUCUCAACAACCUUAUAGAGCUGAAGACAAUCAACAUUAACCCCACUGACACUACAGUUGCCCUGCUAAAUGAUUGUACUGAGUAUCACAGGUACAUUGAGAUAGCCAUAAAGCAGUGCCGCAGUUCAGGCAUUGAUUGCAAGAUUCAUGGGCUCAGCAUCGUGGGCCGAAUCCGGGCCGACGAUGAAGACCUGGCCACUGUCCCCUUCCUGGCUUCCGACAAUGAGGAGGAUGAUGAUGAUAAAGCCAGCACUGGAAGUCUGGUCCGGAAGAAAUCCGCUGGUCUUGAGUCAGCUGCAGCCAUCAGGACUAAAGUAUUUGUGUGGGGUCUGAAUGACAAAGACCAGCUGGGGGGACUGAAGGGUUCGAAGAUCAAGGUGCCUUCGUUUUCUGAGACCCUUUCUGCCCUCAACGUAGUACAGGUAGCAGGUGGUUCUAAGAGCCUGUUUGCAGUGACAGCAGAGGGGAAAGUGUAUGCUUGCGGAGAAGCCACAAACGGGCGACUUGGCCUAGGCCUCUCAAGCGGUACCAUCCCCAUCCCGAGGCAGAUCACAGCCCUUGGCAACUAUGUGGUGAAGAAGGUAGCAGUGCACUCAGGUGGACGCCAUGCUAUGGCCCUGACCGUGGAUGGGAAGGUCUUCUCCUGGGGCGAGGGUGAUGACGGCAAACUCGGCCAUUUCAGCAGAAUGAACUGCGACAAGCCACGACUCAUUGAGGCCCUGAAGACUAAGCGGAUCCGGGACAUAGCCUGCGGGAGCUCCCACAGUGCAGCCAUAACCUCCAGUGGGGAGCUCUACAGUUGGGGCCUGGGAGAGUAUGGGAGGCUGGGCCAUGGGGACAACACUACACAGCUCCGACCAAAACUGGUGAAGGUGCUUCUCGGCCAUCGUGUUGUGCAGGUAGCCUGUGGGAGUCGGGAUGCGCAGACUCUGGCCCUGACCGAUGAAGGCCUUGUAUUCUCCUGGGGGGAUGGGGACUUUGGCAAACUAGGGCGCGGAGGCAGCGAGGGCUGCAACAUCCCCCAAAAUAUCGAGAGACUCAAUGGGCAGGGCGUGUGUCAGAUUGAGUGUGGGGCCCAAUUCUCCCUGGCUCUCACAAAGUCUGGUGUUGUCUGGACCUGGGGAAAGGGGGACUACUUCCGGCUUGGCCACGGCACUGACGUCCAUGUGCGCAAACCCCAGAUGGUGGAGGGUCUAAGGGGGAAGAAGAUUGUCCAUGUGGCCGUUGGGGCACUGCACUGCCUGGCCGUCACUGACACUGGACAAGUGUAUGCAUGGGGUGACAACGACCAUGGACAGCAGGGAAACGGCACUACCACGGUGAAUCGAAAGCCCACUCUGGUGCAGGGCUUGGAGGGCCAGAAGAUCACCCGUGUGGCCUGUGGCUCUUCACACAGUGUGGCCUGGACCACUGUGGAUGUGACCACACCCUCAGUGCAUGAGCCAGUGCUGUUUCAGACGGCAAGGGACUCCCUGGGUGCAUCUUACUUGGGAGUCCAGUCAGACAGUGACUCAUCCAGUACCAGUAACAAGAUGAGUGGCCAGAGCAGCGUGAAACCCAAUCGACCAUCCCUGGCCAAGAUCCUGCUUUCACUGGAUGGUAACCUGGCCAAACAGCAGGCCUUGUCCCACGUUCUCUCUGCCCUGCAGAUCAUGUACGCAAGGGAUGCAGUGGUAGGGGCUCUCAUGCCUGCCUCCAUGAUUCUGCCAGUGGAGUGUCCCUCCAGCUCACCCAUCCCACCUUCUGACUCAUCUACGGCCUCCAGCCCCUAUGAGGUAGACCGCCCCCCAGUGACUGCAGAGGCAGAGGAGUGCCAAAGCCCUAACCCCUGGCAGGACAAGAGGGGGGAGGUGACCUCUUCAGAGGAUGCCAUGACUCCGACAUCUGCGGUAACCCCCUCCGCAGCAGCAGCCUCCUCUCGCCCCUUCAUUCCAGUGACCGAUGACCCUGGUGCUGCCAGCAUCAUUGCAGAGACAAUGACCAAAACCAAAGAGGACUCAGAGAGCCAGAGCAAGGCCACCGGGCCUGAACCCCAGUACCUGGAUGAGUUCACCAGCCUGUUGGUGCCAGAUGAUACGCGUGUCUUGGUGGACUUGCUCAAGCUGGCCGUGUCUAUGCGUGCGGGGGAGAAGGGUCGGGAGGUGCUGUCUGCAGUUCUGUCUGGCAUGGGCACAGCCUACCCACAGCAGGUAGCUGACGUGCUCUUGGAGUUAUGUGUGACGGAACUGGAAGAUGUUGCCACGGACUCACAGAGCGGGCGUCUGUCAUCCCAGCCUGUGGUUGUGGAGAGUAGCCACCCCUAUACGGACGACACAUCCACCAGUGGCACGGUCAAGAUCCCAGGUGCUGAAGGACUGAGGGUGGAAUUUGACCGACAGUGCUCCACUGAGAGACGGCACGACCCGCUCACAAUCAUGGAUGGGGCCAAUAGGAUUGUAUCUGUCCGAUCAGGUCGGGAGUGGUCUGACUGGUCCAGUGAACUCCGAAUCCCGGGUGAUGAACUCAAGUGGAAGUUCACCAGCGAUGGCUCUGUCAAUGGCUGGGGUUGGCGGUUCACGGUGUAUCCCAUCAUGCCUGCAGCUGGUACAUCCCAUAAGCCAUUCUGUCCCAAAGACCUGCUGUCAGACCGUUGCAUCCUCUCUUGCCCAUCAAUGGACCUGGUAACCUGCCUGCUGGACUUCCGGCUCAACCUGGCCUCCAACAGGAGUAUUGUGCCACGGCUGGCUGCUUCACUAGCAGCCUGCGCUCAGCUGAGUGCCUUGGCGGCCGGCCACCGCAUGUGGGCUCUGCAGAGGUUACGUAAACUGCUCACCACAGAGUUUGGCCAGUCCAUCAACAUCAACAGGCUGCUUGGAGACGGUGAUGGCGAGGCACGCUCUAUGAGUUUCACCGGCAGCGCACUGGCAGCACUGGUGAAGGGGCUUCCUGAGGCCCUCCAGAGGCAAUACGAAUAUGAGGAUCCCAUUGUGAGAGGGGGCAAGCAGCUGCUCCAUAGCCCUUUUUUCAAGGUUCUUGUUGCAUUGGCCUGUGACCUGGAACUAGACACACUACCUUGCUGUGCAGAAACCCACAAAUGGGCCUGGUUCCGCAGAUACUGCACUGCCUCUAGGGUAGCCGUGGCUUUGGACAAGAGGACCCCCCUUCCACGCCCGUUUCUCGACGAGGUGGCCAAGAAAAUCCGUGAGCUUAUGGCGGACCAUGAGAACAUGAACACUCUUCACGAGUGCCACGAUCUGUUCAAGAGGGAGCAGGAUGAGCAUCUUGUCCAGUGGAUGAAUAGGCGACCUGACGACUGGACGCUCUCUGCUGGCGGAAGCGGUACCAUCUAUGGCUGGGGACAUAAUCACCGAGGCCAACUGGGAGGCAUUGAGGGGGCCAAAGUGAAGGUGCCUACCCCGACUGAAGCGCUUGCCAUGCUCCGCCCUGUGCAGCUUAUUGGUGGGGAGCAAACUCUGUUUGCCGUGACAGCCGACGGCAAGCUAUACGCUACGGGCUAUGGAGCUGGGGGCCGCCUCGGCAUUGGGGGCACAGAAUCUGUGUCCACACCCACACUGCUGGAGUCCAUCCAGCAUGUUUUCAUUCGCAAGGUGGCAGUGAACUCUGGUGGCAAGCACUGCCUUGCGCUGUCCUCAGAGGGAGAAGUCUACUCCUGGGGGGAGGCUGAAGAUGGAAAACUUGGCCAUGGCAAUAGGAGUCCAUGCGAUCGACCACGAGUGAUUGAAUCCCUGCGUGGUGUGGAGGUGGUGGACAUUGCAGCCGGUGGUGCACACAGUGCCUGCAUCACUGCCAGUGGCGAGCUCUACACUUGGGGCAAGGGUCGCUACGGCCGCCUGGGCCAUGGGGACAGUGAAGAUCAGCUCAAGCCCAAACUGGUGGAUGCGCUGCAGGGUCACCGCGUUAUCGACGUGGCCUGUGGCAGUGGUGAUGCCCAGACGCUGUGCCUGACAGAUGACGACAUGGUGUGGUCGUGGGGGGACGGUGACUAUGGCAAACUGGGCCGUGGAGGCAGCGAUGGUUGUAAGGUGCCCAUGAAGAUCGAUUCUCUCACGGGCCUGGGUGUGGUCAAGGUGGAGUGCGGUUCCCAGUUCUCUGUGGCUCUGACGAAAUCUGGCUCUGUCUACACCUGGGGGAAAGGAGACUACCACCGACUGGGCCACGGCUCUGACGACCAUGUACGCCGGCCGCGACAGGUGCAGGGCUUGCAGGGCAAGAAGGUGACUGCCAUUGCCACAGGGUCCCUGCACUGUGUCUGCUGCACUGAGGACGGGGAGGUCUACACCUGGGGAGACAACGAUGAAGGCCAGCUGGGGGACGGCACCACCAAUGCCAUCCAGAGGCCACGGCUGGUGGCGGCUCUACAAGGGAAGAAGAUCAACAGGGUUGCCUGUGGCUCCGCUCAUACUCUUGCUUGGUCUACCAGCAAGCCUGCCAAUGCGGGAAAGCUGCCUGCUCAGGUUCCAAUGGAGUACAACCACCUGCAGGAGAUCCCCAUCAUCGCCCUGCGCAAUCGGCUCCUCCUGUUGCACCAUAUCUCGGAGCUUUUCUGCCCCUGCAUGCCUAUGUUCGACCUGGAGGGUCGGCUGGGCCAGACAGGCCAGGGCCCCUCGGUCGGAUUUGAUACACUUAGAGGCAUCCUCAUUUCACAGGGCAAGGAAGCAGCAUUUCGCAAGGUUGUCCAGGCCACCAUGGUUCGAGACAGACAACAUGGACCUGUGGUGGAGCUGAACAGGAUCCAGGUGAAGCGUUCAAGGAGCAAGGGUGGCUUGGCAGGGCCUGAUGGCACCAAGUCUGUUUUCGGCCAGAUGUGUGCCAAGAUGAGCUCCUUCAGCCUUGACAGUUUGCUGUUGCCGCACCGCGUCUGGAAGGUCAAGUUUGUUGGAGAAUCUGUUGACGACUGUGGUGGUGGCUAUAGCGAGUCCAUCGCUGAGAUGUGCGAGGAGCUGCAGAAUGGCCUCACGCCGUUGCUCAUCGUGACGCCCAACGGCCGCGACGAAUCAGGCGCCAACCGUGACUGCUUUCUGCUCAACCCUGCUGCUAAAUCACCCUUGCACAUCAACAUGUUUCGUUUCCUAGGUGUCCUCCUGGGCAUUGCCAUUCGUAGUGGCAGCCCGCUGAGCCUGAACCUUGCUGAACCUGUUUGGAAGCAGCUGGCGGGCAUGAACCUGACCAUUGCUGACCUCAGUGAGGUUGAUAAGGACUUCAUCCCAGGCCUGAUGUAUAUCCGGGACAAUGAAGCCACCUCCGAGGAGUUCGAGGCCAUGACGCUGCCCUUCACUGUCCCCAGUGCUAGUGGCCAGGACAUCCAGCUCAGCUCUAAGUACUCCCACAUAACCCUGGAGAACCGCACCGAAUAUGUGAGGCUGGCAAUAAACUACAGGCUCCACGAGUUUGAUGAGCAGGUAUCUGCCGUGCGGGAGGGAAUGGCCCGGGUGGUUCCAGUGCCCCUCCUGUCCCUCUUCACGGGCUAUGAGCUUGAGACCAUGGUAUGCGGGAGCCCGGAUAUUCCCCUGCACCUCUUGAAAUCAGUGGCUACCUACAAGGGCGUGGAGCCAACGGUGCCCCUCAUCCAGUGGUUCUGGGAGGUUAUGGAGUCCUUCUCCAACACGGAGCGCUCUCUGUUCCUGCGCUUUGUUUGGGGACGCACCAGGCUGCCCAGGACUAUUGCUGACUUCAGGGGGCGGGAUUUUGUCAUACAGGUGCUGGACAAGUACAACCCUCCUGACCACUUUCUCCCAGAAUCAUACACCUGCUUCUUUCUGCUCAAGCUGCCCAGGUAUUCAUGCAAACAGGUGCUGGAGGAGAAGCUCAAGUACGCCAUCCAUUUCUGCAAGUCCAUUGAUACGGACGACUAUGCACGCAUUGCACUGACUGGCGAGCCGGCCGCCGACGACAGCAGCGAGGACUCGGACAACGAGGAUGCAGAUUCCUUUGCCUCCGAUUCUACACAGGACUACUUGACCGGACACUGAAAGACUUUUACCCGCCACCCUCCAUGACAGUUGACCUUUUUCAUGUCGCUGAGGCCUAGUGGCCGCUGGGGAAGGAGCUGUUACACCGAGCUGAAUAAUAUGUUUUGAUUCGUUGUUACUACUUCAGAUGUUUAAAAAGAAACUAGCUGUACAAGUUCUGUAAAUGAUAAUGUGCAAUUAGCAUUGAAGGCUCUCUAACCUGAAGAAAAGUAGGUCCUUUUUCUUUUCUCUUUAAGAAAUGUGGGGCGUUAGAGAUUGCACAGAUUAAUGUUGUUCACUAAUGCUAUGUUUAAAAGAGAGAACAGUGAGAAAUCCAAAACAGGGCAUUUAGCCUAGCACUGUGGUAGA